GAAUUAAUUAGCAGUUAUAAAGUAACUCAUCAUCCUCUUUAAUACUAUUCACUAAUCGACUUUUCUUCGGUCUCCACCACCAAGUUCGACAUUAACAAUUAAUGGUGAUAUUAAGUAGCUCUGUGCCUGCUUGGAUCGGUCACUUUCUCGCUUUUAUGGGUGGCUGUUUUGGAUGCUGCACUAAACCCACGCCAAUUAUUGCUGUGGAUGAGCCAUCGAAAGGAUUGAGAAUACAAGGGCGAGCAGUGAAUAAACCUAGCAUAUCAAAUGAGUUUUGGAGUUCCAGCACAUGUGACUUGGACAACAGUACUGUUCAAUCUCAAAGAAGCAUAUCAUCAAUCAGUGUAUCAAACCACAAUCUUGGUAGCAGCACUGGUAGCAUGAGCAGCAAUAAUGAAUUUGUAAAUCAUGGUCUCCUUCUCUGGCAACAGAGAAGGCUUCGAUGGGUCGGAAGUGGCACAUCUGGGAACCAAAAUCAGCGAAGAUGGGAAUCCAGAUUAAGUUGGAAUGCAACUGAAGGUUUACAAGGUUCCAGAAAUCCUUUUCCUCGGCCCAUCCCUCUUUCUGAGAUUGUUGAUUUUCUGGUGGAUGUAUGGGAGCAGGAGGGAUUGUAUGAUUGAUGAAUUUCAAUUGCAAAGAUUGCCUCACCCUUUUCACAUAUAUUCCUACCUGUUUUAACUCAUAAGAAUCUUCUGUAAUUUGUAAAUAGCCAUGUACAAAAAGAAGAGAGAUAGAGAGACUGAGAGAGUCCAAGGAAGUGCUUCCACUCAAUUGUAAUUUAAUGUCAAAUAACCAUCCUUUUCUUAUUCUGUAAAUUCCAUGUUGAAAGCAUCUUGUGUACCAAA